UCAAUGGAGAAUUUAAUGUUAAUUUUGUUGUAACGUGAUGAUUUUAUUGUGUUAAUAAAACAAGAUAUUGUUUAUUUUUUAUAGACUUUGGGUGCAACAUGUCGUUGAAGGAAAUAGUUACCCUGCAAAUUGGCCACUAUGCAAAUUUUGUUGGCACACACUUCUGGAAUAUACAGGAAUCCUCUUUUACAUAUGGUGGUCAAGGUGACGCUGACACUAAAGAAGUAAAUCAUGAUGUUUUGUUCAGAGAAGGGCAAACCUUACAGGGUGAAGUGACGUACACCCCGAGGAUGGUGUGUGUUGAGUUGAAGGGGAGUCUGAACACACUGCGUCAGGAAGGAAGUCUGUAUGACACCGGGAAGGAAAACGAAGUUAACUGGUCAGGGGACGUAACUCUUCAUAAAGCUCCACGUGUCUCUAAGAAUAAGUUUCUUGAUAACCUCGACAAGAUGGAGGCUGAGCAGACGCAGCAGGAAUACAUGGAAACUGGGGAGGAGGAAGAAACCAGUGCUGAAGCAAAAACAUCUGAAGUUAAUGUGUUUGAACCCAGGACUUAUAACUUGGACUCGACAGUAUCAGUUUGGUCAGAUUUUCUGAGGAUAUAUCUUCAUCCCAAGACCGUGUGUAUGCUUCAGGAUUACAGUCAUAAAAAUGAAGCUCAGCCCUUUGAUGUGUACAGUAUGGGAGUCCAGUCUUGCCAGAAUGCUGAUUUCUUUGAUGAUUUUGAAGAUCGGCUGAGGUUCUUUGUCGAAGAUUGUGACCAGAUGCAGGGGUUCCACAUCUCCGUGGACUGGUACAAUGGGUUCGGUGGGACCGCUGCCAAGAUCCUCCAGUUUCUAGAUGACGAAUAUCAAAACAAAACAAGACUCACAUUUGGUUUAUCUCCUGCAGUUUUGCCAGACUCUACCCCCCUGGAUCGCGUGAAUCGGAUUCUCAACUGCUGCCUGAGUCUGGAGAAGUGUAGCAGUCACAGCUCUCUGUUCCUUCCACUUUCGCUGUCCGACGGCCUGUGGAAGUCUAUGGGUAAACCACGGGAUUUCCCAUAUCUAACUUACAAGGCUGAUUUAGACUACCAUACAAGUGGAAUUCUGGCUGCCACACUGGACACAAUGUCACUUCCAUACAGAAAAGAAACCUGUUCAUCACAUAUAGCAGAUCUAACUGGUGCUUUCAAUAACUUGGGCAGGAAGAUAGUUGCUGUGAGUACAAGUUUACCAUUUCCCCUCGCACAUGACGGCACAUUCAUGGAUAGUCUGCUCCGUCACAAGGGAAACGUUCCGUGGUAUUCAGUGACGCCUCACGUUUGUGCCUCGACAAACUCUUUCCUGCAAUCCUGUGUGGUGCGCGGAAUUCCGUAUGACAAGAUUAAUAGGAAAAUUCCAAAUCCUUUAGUAUCUGGCUCGUUAUCUCAGAGUAUGAAUUUGAAUGAAAUUUUGGAAACAUAUUUGUCAGAAACUCACCCACACUGUUACAGCACAGUUAAUGUUGUGCGAGAUGCUUGUAAAACGAGCCUUCCUUUUCCAAACAUCUUCGAUAGAAGACUCAACAGCCAAGGGCAGAUAACUCGAACAGAACGUCCAGCAGUACAGAGAGUGGAGAAUAUUCCUAUGGUUACGUCCAUCCAGUCAUCACCAGACAUUGCUGCCAUGGUUACCAGUCUGCACACAUCUGCGUCAAGUCUGAACAUAAGGCGACACCACAGAUACCUUGAAGCUGGCUUGGACAUUGAUGAGUACAAGAACAUUCUGGACAACCUGCAGUCUCUUAGUCAGUGUUACCAAACAGACUUUUACUGACCACAGUGUGUGUAUAGACUGAUGGGGAAAAAAUUCAUACAGAGUUGAAAAUGAAAUUGCGUAAAAUAAAUCUGAAAAAAACUUUGGAUGGUCUUGAAAAAUAAAGGGUUGAUUGAUUGUAUUUCAUCAAAGAACAAA